ACUUCUCCCUGAGAGAACCGCUGGUGGCGGCGCGGGCGAGCGCCAGCGCGCCUAGGUCCUGCUCGCCCAGCCGCUGCCACCUGCAGUGACCAUGAUAGUGUUUGUCAGGUUCAACUCCAGCCAUGGUUUCCCAGUGGAGGUCGAUUCUGACACCAGCAUCUUCCAGCUCAAGGAAGUGGUUGCUAAGCGACAGGGGGUCCCAGCUGACCAGCUGCGUGUGAUUUUUGCAGGGAAGGAGCUUCCAAAUGACCUGACAGUGCAGAGCUGUGACCUGGAACAGCAGAGCCUCGUCCACGUUGUGCAGAGACCAUGGGGAAAGGGGCAGGGCACGAAUGCGACUGGAGGGCAUGCACCUGGGAACCCCUGUGCGGGCCCGGACAGGGAGCCCGAGAGCUUGACACGCGUGGACCUCAGUGGCUGCGUCCUGCCUGCGCACUCCGUGGGGCUGGCCGUCAUUCUGGACACAGACAGCCGGAGCGACUCCCCAGCAGCCGCAAGGCCCGGUAAAACGACCUACAAGAGUUUUUACGUUUACUGCAAAGACCCCUGUCGAAGAGUGCAGCCGGGAAAGCUGCGGGUGCGGUGCGGGGCCUGCAGACAGACCACGCUCACCUUGGCCCAGGGUCCAUCUUGCUGGGAAGACGUCUUAAUUCCAAGCCGGAUGCGAGGUGAAUGCCAGUCCCCAGACUGUGCCGGCACGCGAGCCGAGUUUUUCUUUAAAUGUGGAGCCCACCCGACUUCCGAUGAGGACACGUCAGUGGCUUUGAACCUGAUCACCACCAACAGUCGGGGCAUCAGCUGCAUCACAUGCACGGACAUCAGGAGCCCCGUGCUGGUCUUCCCGUGCAACCACCACCACGUCAUCUGCUUGGACUGCUUCCACCUGUACUGCGUGACGAGACUCAACGACCGGCAGUUUGUCCACGACGCCCAGCUCGGCUACACGCUGCCCUGCGUGGCUGGCUGUCCCAACUCCUUGAUUAAAGAGCUCCAUCACUUCAGGAUUCUGGGAGAAGAGCAGUACAACCGGUACCAGCAGUACGGGGCGGAGGAAUGUGUGCUGCAGAUGGGGGGCGUGCUGUGCCCCCGCCCGGGCUGUGGAGCAGGCCUGCUGCCCGAGCAGGGCCAGAGGAGAGUCACCUGUGAAGGGGGCAACAGCCUGGGCUGUGGGUUUGUCUUCUGCCGGGACUGCAAGGAUGCGUACCAUGCCGGCGGCUGCAGCACGCUGUUCGACACCUCGGGAGCCACUUCUCAGGUCAGUGGCCCCCCUUCCCGCCCUCAGAGACGGCUCUGCCAUGAACCCCAGCAGCAGAGCGGGAUGGGGUCCCCAGGCCGUGUGCACGUCCCCACGGCCAUGUGGAUGGCUGUGAAACCGGGAGGAUGCAUGCACAUGCAGUGCCCGCAGCCCCAGUGCAGGAUGGAGUGGUGCUGGAACUGCGGCUGCGAGUGGAACCGCGUCUGCAUGGGCGACCACUGGUUCGAUGUGUAGCGGGCACAGCAGGCCACGGCCUCUGCCUUGCCCGGGGGCCGGCGGUCCUUCUUCCAAACACAGAUGCUUGCUCACACACACACACACACACACACACACACACACACACAAUUAUAGACACUUCUGGAUCCCACUUACUGCAUCCAGGAAAAACUACCACCAGCAACGGUGCCUGUUCACACCUCAGGAAAUACCACAGCACCAUGAACGCACUUGAUGUAAACUUGACACAAACCCUGGCUCUUACACUGAUUUUAGUUAGGCCGCAUCAGCUCCUGGAGGGAGACUGCUCAAGUUUAUUCUCCUGCAUUUUACUGCGCGUGAGUACUGAGCGGAAGCCACUGCUGAGGUGGGAAGUGAUUGCGGUGUGGGCACAGUGUGGGCUCUCACAGGACAGCCGGCCGUGGCGUCUUAGAGCUAACGACAGCCAUGGCUUGGAGAGUGAUUUUCCCAUCUCACAGGGCCCCAGGUGAGCGCCAAGGAUAUUUGCUUUUCUCUGAGAAUUCUUUCGAUAAAUUUUGCUGGUAAAAUACGCGCUACGCACACAUCAAACUGCCAACCACCGAGAGGUCAGGAAAGGGACCUGGAAUGCCAGUUUUGCAGUUCCAGGAAACAAAGCAAAACUCACGGUACUUUGAUCUCCUUUGAUUAUUUGCAACAUUUGCAAGAACUUAUUUCUUCUGAAGACAUCACGCAUUCUAGAAUGUGCAUAGCUUGGCAAUCGAGAUCCUCUACCUUUACUGUAAAUCUAGUAGAUAAAGGAGAUCGUUUUUUAGAACAAUUUCAGAAUUGCUCUAGGCCAGUGUUAUCAAAAGUGCAGAUUCUGAAGCUGAAUGUAUAUGGAAGGAGUGCUUCCAGAAUGAUCUACAUGAAAAUGCCCCUCCCCCAGGCGACUGCCCAAGAAGCCUGGACUGCCCAGGGCCUUGGCACAGGCCGGCAGGCACGCAUCAGAACACACAAGCUAACAAGCUUUGUCUUGGACCACUGCUCACAUUUGCAGCUGGUUGUUGAGGUGUUUGAGACCCACAGAAAGAUUCCCUCUAGAUCCCGUGAGUACAGUUUCCACGACCACUCAUGCCGGCAAGAACCUGUCUCGGGCCACGGCGGCCUCCCGCCGGCCUGCUGGCUCCUCCGGAGACAGAACCCAGAACGUCACUGACAACACGCGAUGCCCUGCUGGGUUUAGAGGCCUGGAAGUUCCCACCUCAGUGACCCGGCUUCUCUUUUUAGACAAGCCCUUGCCACUGGCAGAAGAGGGGGCCACCCUGGAACUUUCCAGAUCACAUCCUGAGCAUGUCUGUCCCUCUGUCCGUGAUGACGUGCCCCUCUGUUUCCUGGGAGGCACAGCACUGGAACAUCACACAAGCAGCCAAAUUUGGCUUUGCAUUAGAAUAUCCAUCCGGCCCACAGGCCAACCACCACCCUACCUGUGCCCGACGCCCAGGGUCACGCAGAAAUGCCGGGAAGGGCGAGGGCAGCGGGCGGCGUCUCCUCCGGUCAGCCAGGCGGUGUGGUCCUGACAAUCCCAGUCCAUCCCCACUGCCGAAGCCAGCAGCACCGAGCCUCGGCCCAUACCAUAUCACCGUGGCCCCGCUUUCUGGGUGCUGCUUUUGUUACUGACCCCUUAGGAUUCUGCACGGGGUUUUAGAGUUUUGAAGCUGGAAUGAGGUUUGCUGUCACCAGUGGCCGGGAACCCAGUCCCCUGGGGCCACGGGGCUGACUGCCCAGCAGGGUCCUGGUGUAUUCACACUAGAGUAGUGAUUCUUACAAUAUAUUAAGGGGG